AUGGAUCAGUGGGUGACAGCGGCCAGCGCGCUGCUGGCAAUACUACUGUAUUACAAUACGUUGGACGCCGGCUUUGUAUAUGAUGACAGGCGGGCGAUACUCUCCAACCCAGAUGUCAUCGGGCACACGCCGAUAAAGGCAUUAUUCGAAAAUGAUUUUUGGGGAACGAGGCUUACCGACCCCGGUUCACAUGGCUCAUAUCGACCUUUAUGUGUUGCCACAUAUCGCUUAAAUUACAUCUUUAGUGGAUUCAAACCAUGGAGUUAUCACUUUCUCAACAUCCUCCUCCAUUCUAUAGCUACAGCUUUAGUAGUAACGACUGCACGACGGUUAUUACCGCCACAUUGUAUUAGAGUCGGUACUGCAGUGGCCGGUUUAAGUUUUGCAGCCCAUCCUAUACAUACAGAAGCUGUUGCUGGUGUGGUUGGAAGAGCCGAUUUAGCAGCUUGCAACUUCUUUCUCCUUAGCUUUUUGCUCUACAGUGAACAUGUACGGCUACGAAUAGAGAGCCAGAAGAGACAAUGCCGUCAUGUUAUUAAAAGCAAAAUAUUACGUCAUCAAUUAACAACAAGCGACCAAAAUUUUCGAUUGAGUUGCCAUGAUUUAGUACAACAAAUUAUGAUAAACGUUCGAAGACUACUAAAAGCGGGUAAAGCAGGACCUUUAAAAAUGUUAAAUGCUUGUGAGGUAGACACAGGCGCAGUGAAACUUAAUCAGUGUCAGUGCAAUGGUAGUGUAAGUGAAGAUUCUGGUGAACUAUUACAAUGGUGCACGUUAGCAGGGACACUUCUAUUUGCAACCGCAGCCACACUUUCAAAAGAACCAGCUAUUAUGGUGGUACCCCUCUGCAUAUUUUUCGACUUUUUGAAGGAUACUCGACAAGAGGAACCUUAUUCUAAGUAUCGGUGGAGAAGUAUAUGCGCACUGAGCACCGGUGGGUUCGUGUUGUUGUACUGGCGGCUACGUCUUGCGGGAGCCCCCUCCGCCUUCGCUUCCGCGGAUAAUCCUACUUCUAGGGAUCCAUCAUUACUAACAAGAUUUUAUACCUUUACCUACCUCCCAGUUUUCAAUUUUUUUCUACUAAUCUAUCCAUUUCAACUGAGCUUCGAUUGGUCCAUGGACUCCAUUCCUAAAAUAACGACAAUAUUUGACGUGAGAAAUCUGUAUUCACUAGUUUUCUACGCCGUGAUAUCAAAAGUAACUUGGAAAGCUUUAUCACACGAGCUGAUAAAGCAGCAAGAAAAGAAAGAAAAGUAUUUUAAGAAAAAUAAUAAAAUAAAGCAAAAAUGGAAUUACAAUUGUAAACAUUAUAAUAGAAGACAAGACUGCGAGAGGAAGAGUAUUAUACCUCACAAAGAGAAUGCGUCAUUUAAGAGAACUAUGUGUCCGUGCAAUGGCUGCAAGCAUGCACUAACAGAAGAGCAUACGAUCAUGUGCCGUGCGGUUAACAAUAAUAAUACUAUGAUGCACCACUCGACUUGCGUUUGCCCAAUCACCCACGGGAAAUCAAAGGUACAAAGUACGCCGAAGUACGUGUACCAAAGUCCUCAGGUCGCGAUGCUAUUAUUCACGGCGUUUAUGGUUCUACCGUUCGUGCCAGCCAGUAAUAUUCUCUUUUACGUCGGCUUCGUAGUGGCAGAGCGUGUGUUGUAUAUUCCCAGCGUAGGUUUUUGCUUCUUACUUGGCCUGGGUGCGGGCACAUUGACGAGGAAUUGGCGCCGUUAUGAAAUGCGCAGUCGUGUAUUCAUGCUCGUUCUUUUAACGACUUUAUUGGCCAUGAGUGCCGCAACUUUACGAAGAAAUUUAGAUUGGCGUGACGAAGAAAGUCUGUUUAAAAGUGCGCUACACAUCAAUCCACCUAAAGCAUACGGCAACCUGGGUAGCGUACUAACAACGCAAGGAAGACUUACUGAAGCGGAAGUAGCAUUCGAAAAGGCGCUCAAAUAUCGCCCCAAUAUGGCAGACGUUCACUAUAAUCUAGGGAUUUUACAUCAAAACCAAAGGCGUUACGGGGAAGCUAUCAAAAGUUUCGAGAGAGCAAUUUAUUUUCGACCUUCCAUGGCUUUGGCUUAUGUAAAUCUUGGCACAUCAUUAAUGGCGGACGGGCGAUUAGCUGAAGCGGCAAGCGCAUUGCGUGCAGGAGCACGUGCGGACGGCGUUCGCGUGCGGGAUCGGCGUGAACACGACGCCGCUCGCGUAUCAGCAUUAGUGCAGCUCGCAUCCCUACAUUCUCAAAGAGGACAUUGGCACAAAGCACUCUCAGCCUACAAGGACGCCCUGCAAAUACUUCCCGACACGAAUGCACCAAUCGUCGGAUGGACGCGACACAAUAUAUUAUCGAUGGCGAGUGAAAUAUAUAUGCAGCUGCAACAGUGGCCCCAAGCUGAGCAUAGCAUCCUAUCUGCGCUUGCUCUGUCUCCAAAUCACGUGGGAACUCACGUCACACUCGCUCAGAUCCUUGCUAGAAAUUCUAGCAGAAGUAUGGAGGCAGAAUCAUGGUAUAAGAAAGCAAUAACUUUAGCCCCUGAUGACCCAUCAGUUCGAGAUCAGUUUGGUAUGUUUUUGAGAUCACAACGACGACUACGCGAGUCCGCUGAACAAUUAGUGGAGGCCGCUCGACUGUCACCCACUGAUAGUGUACGCGCGGCUUCAGCGGCACGUGCCUUGAGAGACGCGCGACGCUGUCGCUCCGCGGAGCGCUGGUAUGCACGAGCAGUGGAAUUAAAUCCUGAAGAUGCAGAGUUUCAUUCUAAUCUCGGGGCAAUCUUGCAUCUGAAUGGAAAAUACUUAGCAGCAGCCACUUCAUACCGCCGCGCCCUGCAGUUGAAACCUAACGACGAAAUCACUAUCACCAAUCUGAAGAGAGUUCGAACGCUAAUGAGCAGUCAAAGAAAAAAG